GGUAGCCAUGUUUGGAAAAUUUCAGAUUUGAGGCUUCAUAUUCACUAGAAUAUUUAUUUCAUUUUUACCUAUUACACUAUUGCUUGAAUAGCGUCACAACAACUGAAAACAAACGAGGAGGAAUUGUGAGGAAUACUUUGAAUCUUUGUCUUGGGAAGGCUUGUGGAAUUCUCUUUCGUAUAAAAAAACUCACACCGGCCGACUAACCUGUCCUCGCGAAACCAUGUGGAAUUAUUGCAAAUAAAAACCUUCGAAGGUGUCUUUAUUGUCAAAGUUCUCCGUCCGUCUCGGAACCAGUAGUUUGCGUAAUGGCGACCAAUGGAACAUUAAAGAAGGGUGUGGAUGAAAGCCAGAAGGAGAAGGACAGAUCGACUUCCGUUGAUGAGCUGGUGGAAAAACUGGAAGAGCAAAACCGAUUAUUAACGAACGAUUCACGUGCUUUAACCUCAAUUCCGGACACUCCCAAACGAUGGUCAGUUCAAAGCGGGUCAGGCGAACCAUUAACGCCCGAAACACCAGAAAACUGUGAUGAGAUUUGUGAUGAAGGAGAUGAUGUGUACCUCGAAUGGGGUCAAUUGAUGAGUAACUGGGAGUAUGCUGUGAAGAAGAAACCUAAAAACGUUCGAGACAUGGUGCGGAAAGGAAUUCCUAAUGCCUUGCGAGGACUGGUGUGGCAACUACUCUGUGGUGCAAGGGACUCCCCACUAAAAGAUGAAUACCCCAAACUCAUAAAGACUAAUUCAGCAUGUGAGCGCAUGAUCAAACGGGAUAUUGCGCGCACCUUUCCUGACCAUUCAUUCUUCAAAGAUAAAGAUGGUGUCGGGCAAGGAACACUCUUCAACGUUAUAAAGGCAUAUUCAGUAUACGACAAGGAAGUAGGUUACUGUCAAGGCAGUGCCUUUAUCGUAGGAAUUCUAUUGAUGCAGAUGCCUGAGGAAGAAGCAUUUUGCGUCUUAGUUAAACUAAUGCAAGACUAUCGAAUGAGAGAAAUCUUUAAACCCACGAUGGCAGAAUUAGGUUUAUGUAUGUAUCAACUAGAAAAUUUAUUACAGGAGAAUCUUCCAGAGUUAUUUGCGCAUUUUCAGGCUCAGGGAUUCCAUACUGCUAUGUAUGCAUCAUCUUGGUUCCUGACUCUUUUCGCUUCUGUUUUUCCACUUAACUCUGCUUUUAGGGUGAUGGACAUUUUUAUUUCAGAGGGUCGUGAUGGAUUAUUUCGCGUCAUUAUGGCCAUUUUAUUGUGUAGUCAAGAGGAAUUAUUGCAGCUUGACAUGGAGUUUAUGCUGAAGUAUUUUCAAAAAGAAAUGCCGGAAAAAUAUGAAAAAGACAUGGAUUCCAUAAUGAAAGUAGCAUCUGACUUUAAGGUCAAUUCCAAGAAGAUGAAAAGACUAGAAAGAGAAUAUACUCGAGUGAAGCAUAAAGAAGCAGAAGAUAAUGAGGAAAUUCGUCGAUUGAAAACGGAAAACAGAUUACUGAUGCAAAGAAUAGACGAAUUAGAACAGGAAUGUUCAAACUUAGCUGAUAGGCUUAUUCAAGGUCAAGUAACACGCGCUCAAGAACAAGAAGAGAUCUACGCGUUACGGAAUGCCCUGGCUGUAACAAAACGUCAUGAUAAAGACACGAGUGCAGCAUUAACAGAAGCUAACCUAAGAAUAGAAGAACUGACCAUGUUUAAGAGCCACGUUGUCAGUGAGCUAUCCAAACGAGAAUGCAAAAACCAGCCGAGUGCAAGAGACAUGAAGAUAAUAACUAUGCAGGCAGAAAUAGAACAACAUAGGUUAAGAGAUGUCAAAUCUAAUCAGCUAAUUGAUGAAAUGGCCAAGACUAUUCACGAUUUGGAAGAUCAGGUAUUUAUUCUUAAAAAGGAAAAGAAAACGUUGGAAACUACUUAUCCUCAAGUGACGUUUACAGGUUCACAGGAGAGCGAAGAAGCAAGCGCCAAAUAGGUAGAAUGUCUCCCCGUGAAGGCCACCAUUACGCAGUGGAACUUUCUUUAAUUGACGACUAUCACAGCCCGCUAAUUAAUCCAAAAAAUUCUUUGCAGAAUUAAAAUAGACAGGGUACUCAGGUCGGGAAAAACUGACUCUUAAUUAAUUGGUAAGAAUUUCAUGCGUUUCAUGUCGAACUCAGAUUCUGCCCGCUUUGUCGAAAUUCUGCGACCAGUGCUUAUUUAUACACCAAAAUUUGAAAAACGCUCUCGGGUUGAAAAUAUUCAACCGUCAAAGCUAAGACUGAGGGUUAUUCUGAGUAGUCGAUAUCCUGGGCAUCUGGAGAAUGUUUGCAUAGAGACGUAUACAUGAAGAGUGCGAAAAAWGCUUUGUCCUAUAGUUUGCAUCAAUAUUUGAUAGCUGCAAAACUGCAAUAUGCAUAAUAGUAGUCUCAUUAACUGUUUACCCAGAACACCCUUUGGUCUUAGCUGCAAAAAUUCAACCUUUUCAACCCGACAUCGUUUUUUGAUUGGACCCUUCUCAAAAGUAUCGUGGAUGCUAGGCUAACAUGAAAAUACAAAAGAUGGAAUUUGUGGCAUUUCUUUUCCAUUUCUAUGUUAGCCUCGCAUUCAAGACAAUUUUAAGAAGGGUGCAUUUGGUGAAUUCGCACUUUAAAACAAAGAGAAGGUAGACUACCUCCAAAUAUGACCGCGACAAUGAAUGGAGUGAAUCCGUGUUAAAAUGAAAAACAAAUUUCAUACCCAUUAUAAAUUGUUAAAUAGACCUACAGCGAGGCUUUAGUCCUCUUCUGGAAGUAUUAUAAUAAUUCAUGAAAAUAAAUAUGAAAAUCACGAACAGGAGAGUUUUAAAAAUGCUUUCCUUAGUGAAUAUUAACGUUUUGGAAAUCUUUUUCUUUCUAAAUAUUGACGAAAUGACAAGAUUUGGAUUUUGCUUUAAAUUUCUCACUCUUUCUUUCUCUAUCCCGAAUAAUGAAAGUCGUUUCACAAAAUUUAUUUAAAAAGUAAGCAUGGUGUGUCUUAUCAUUUCUGAACUUGCUUCAGUUUUAGUUCGCUUGGAGGACGAGUUCUGAUAGUUUGUACUAAGAAAUUAAUAGUAGCUACUUUAGAUAAUUAAAUAAAUUAAUAAAUAAUGUACCAAAUUGUAACAGUGCGUUAAAAUUUAAAACGAAUUUUGUCAUAAGCUGACAAGAUGUAAUUCUCGCCUUUUCGGUGACGUAAUUUUGUAUUCAAGUUAUGAUUAAUUUAUAAGAUUAUUGUAUUUAUUAUUAUUUUCAAUGGAUAGUAAUAUUUUACCUCUUUAUUAUAUGAUUUAUACCUCGAAACAAUGGCUACAAAUCGAGUUUGGACUUGGUGUGUCCAUUUUACCGUAUUUUAUCUACCUAAACCUGAGUCAUUGUUUCGUGGUCACUCAAGCGAGGACUGUUAGUCCAUGCGCGAUGCUCCUUGUAUACCUUACAAUGUAAAAAAAAUAUUAUAAUACAGAUAUUUUAUUUCUUAAGACGACAAACUGAAAUUCAAAUAUUGAACCCAUAGUGGGAUCCCAUUAGUCUCUCAUCAGAGAAUUUAGUUUUAAUGUUAGUAUUAGGAUCCAAUUCCUCAUUAGAGUCUAAAAAUAAUGGCAAAAUGUUAUUUGAGACUUCUUCUCCUCCUGAAACAAACAGAAUACUCCAUUUUGCAGUUCCGUUCAGUGACCACGAGUAAUAGUUCCAAGUCGAGGUUGGAGUUUCCGCGCAUUGCAAAACUAUAGUUUAUCAUGUGCGGCAACUCCAGCCUCGGCUUGGAAAUUAUUCGUGGUCACUGAACGGAACUGUAAAAUGGAGUUUUUCGAACAAUAAAUCUUUAUGUGAAAACCUUCGUACCGAAAGUCGUUUCACGACAAUUGACGUCCCGCUUAGUGAAACUCCAUUGGCUCAAGGCUGACUUGUUCGUUUUAUGUUAAGAAAAGAGUGCGCUCAAUAAACGCUACCAAACUCUUU